AUGAGUUCCAACUACAACCUCAGAAGCGGCAACAACCCAACCCAGGACCAGCCAGGAGCGAUGGCUGGUGGGAUGGGCGGCGACCAGCCCGAGUUCCAGUCUCAGGGGCAGCAAAACCCCGAGUUCCAGUCUGAGGGUCAGCAAAACCCCGAAUUCCAGUCUCAGGGCCAGCAAAACCCCGACCUCCAGUCGCAAAGAAACCCCAGGAUGCAGUCGCAAACAAACCAGAAGAGCCAGCAGAGUAGCUUCCAGACCUCCGAAUCCUCUAAACAGACCUCCAGUAACGAUGUCCAAUGGGGCAAUCAGCCUGGCCAGUUUAGUGCCUCGGAGACGAAUCCAAAGCCACCUGGAUCCUAUCAUUUGACUGGCGACCAGCUCUCUCAUCCUCAGGAGUAG